AUGCAAGAACAUAAAUCAUUCCUUAUAAGAGAUCUUUUGGGUGAUGUACUAGCAGAACGUGUCCAGGAUGAUUCAGAAGACGACUCGGCGCUUCAUUCAGACUCUGAAGACACGAUAGAUCCUGGAAGUAGUCCAUGCACGAGAUUGAGCAGCCCGAAUCCUUUGUUGUCACCAUCACCCGAUCCGCAGGUUAAUUCAAUAAAAUCUUGCGGCGGAUCCACUUCGGGAGCUACUCAAUCAGGACGUAAGCCUCGAAGAAGACGAACAGCUUUUACCCACGCUCAGUUGGCUUAUCUUGAACGGAAAUUUCGUUGUCAGAAGUAUCUCAGUGUUGCUGAUCGGAGUGAUGUUGCUGAUGCUUUGUCGCUGUCUGAGACUCAGGUUAAAACAUGGUAUCAAAAUAGAAGAACAAAGUGGAAGCGUCAAAACCAGCUAAGACUCGAGCAACUACGGCACCAAGCGACGGUAGAAAAAGAACUCCUUGUCCGUGGUGUUGGUCUUCAUCACGGCAGCAUCGACGCUUAUUGUCCGCCGUAUUCCCAAACUGGAAACUCACCACAUCCUCCGCCACCUCCUCCACCACCAGCACCUUCUUCAGCGUCCACCGCAGCCUUUUUAUCCACCGCGGCGGCACUUUUUCGCAACGUUACAUAUGUUCACGGAUGCCCGCUUUAA